UAGGUAACUUAAAUUUGAAGCAAUUGUCAAGGGGAAGUUGAACUGGAGGUUUUCAAUCCUCUUUUUGGUAUAUUUCUUUCCCAUUUCCAAGUAAGAUACGGAUAAGAUUAGUUGCAAGCGAAGGAAAGCGGCGAAUUUUAGCUGCUUUAUGAAAUUCAGUAGGUGAAUUUACUAUUGUGAUGGGAUUCAUAAAAGUAGAGGGUGGAAGUGGAGGUGGAGGCAUCAUGUCCUCGUGUUAUAGGGACAAGGAGAUAAGUGGGCACGUGAAAUGUCAACACCAAACAGUAAUAUGUCGAGGGAUUUGCGGAGUUACUGAAUUUUCCGUCUGUCGGUGAUUGAUGAUUGAUAGUGGUGUAUGCCUGUGUGGUCGGCGUUCACGAUCAGGACGGUAAAGUUAGUGUUCCUUCUAUCUGGUAAUUGUAUACUUAAACGUAAGCUUUAAUUCGUAAGGCAAAUCUUCAUUAAGCAUUCCCAAAAAAUAAUUGACAUAAAUCAAUUCCAAAUAUAAUCCUAUAAUUUGGUUCUAUUUAUAAUUUUUUUUUUUUUUUUUUUUUACAUAUAACUUGUGAGGAAAAGAGAAGAGGUCAUGAUUCGAUCUUCUUAAGAGUUUCUUAACCAUUAGAUGAUCAAGAAGGUGAGGAGAAGUAGCCUGUAAUUAAGUGAUCGUAACAAACUGUUCCAACAAAAUGCCACGCCCACGGUCUUUCAACGCCACCAGAUUCUUUGCCGUAAACCCACGAGCCACCACCCUCCACUACCUCAGCUUGAAGUUUGUUGCAUUCCAAAAGUAAUAAACAAGAGAAAAAUAUUAUUUUUCCUUGAACUUAUCUCUGAAAUCCACGCCAAAACCUGCCCCGAGCUUUAACUCAAUAAACAAAAUAGAAGAAGAGAUAUUCAGGGAUUCCAAUUUCGCACCUUUGGUUUCCCACUCACAACAAUGACAGAGACGCCGUUCUCAAGACUCCCCGACGACGUCGUUCUAAACAUCUUCUCCAAGCUCGAAGACAACCCCAAAUGUUGGGCUUGUCUCGCUUGCGUCUGCACCAAAUUCUCCUCUCUAAUUCGCAACACCUGCUUGAAACAAAAAUGCUCCAAAACCAUAUCCGCCGUUUGCGCCGAUCUCCUCGCCUCAUCGUCCGCCCCACCCGGCGGCUGGGCCUCCCUCUACAAGAUCUCUGUCUGUUGCCCGGGCCUGCUCCACGCAGGCGUCCUUCUAGAGCACUCCGAUUUCGGCCUCGAACGCGAGCUAGGCCCCGACGAGAAUUAUCUCAAGCCAGCUAAUUCCCAAGCCUCAAAGCCGUCCACCGAGCCGUGUUCCAGCAAAGUGGCAGGGAAUCCCAAUCCGAAUCUGGAAGUGGACGUUCCCGGGUCUGAUUGUUCCUGGUCACUUUUCGAUGAUCUCUAUUACGACACCGUCUAUGACGCGUCCGAGUCGAUAGACGGUUAUCCUGUAGAAACAAUCGAUAAUGGAACGAUAAAAAAUGGGCGUGAAUUUUCCGAUUGUAAAAGAAGGAAGAUUUGUAGACCGCUUAGGUCCCAUCUAGCAUCCGGUGUUUGGAACUUAAGCCGAGAGCAAGGCAAUAAGUUAUUAGCGAGCCGGUUUCGGGGCGAUUGCUUAUACAUUUGCGAUUGGCCGGGAUGCGUUCACACAGAGGAGAAGAGAAAUUACAUGCUUUUCAGAGGGAUUUUCAAGAAUUUUAAGAAAUCUCGGGUGUGGAGGACGAUAAAUGAUGGGAACAGACGCAAGAUUGAUCUGAAUUGCGCGUUUUGCUCUUGCAAAAAGACUUGGGAUUUGCAUUCUGCAUUCUGUUUGAGGCGGGUUUUCGGGUACCAUGAUGAUGGAGAGCCUGUUGUUCGAGCUUAUGUUUGUGAGAAUGGACAUGUUUCUGGUGCUUGGACUGAUCUGCCUUUGUACACUUAGAAAGAGUGUAUCACAUCAAAAUUACUAGGUCUAGCAGGUACACGCACACUGAGAUCUGAGUUUUCAAAUGCCUUAUAGCAAGCUAAUCUUGUAUAAACUCUUGGUAAAUUAUCUCCGGAUAUCAUAUACGACUUUUCCUG